UCGAUAAGUAUAAUACAGUAAAAGAAAAAAAACACGAUGCACCAAUAGGAUACAAAAAAUUAAAAAAAAAGAAAAAAAAGAAAAAAAGAAAAAGAAGAGCCGUUUUGUUGAAACGGACAAAAGGAAAGUGGAGAUAAACAAAACAAGUAGAUCUACUACAGAAGUACCUUCUCUGGUAAUAGACAAUGUAAAGUGAAAAACAAAAGAGAGAGAAAAUUAGAUCUGGCGCUUUUAGCUCUCUGUCCAUUUCCAUUUCUAUUUCCAGCAGAACCCUCAGUUUUUCCCUUUUCACACUCUUCAAUAUAAUUUAUUUGAUCUCCACAAACCCUAACUACCUCUCUGCGCAUUUCUAAUUUUACAAUGCAGUUUCUUCUUAUUUCUAUUUCAAUUCCAAUUCCAUUAUCAAGAAUCUGAUCUUUCCAUUUAAUACCUUUACAUUAAACUCAUUACCUUAAAAUGGGUUCCACGCAGUCCGUACAAGUACCCGAUGAAGAAGAAGAAGAAGAAGAAGAAGAAGAGGAGGAUGAUAUUGGAGAAGGUAAUUCAAGAGACAUUGAUGAUGCUAACAAUUUAAUUAAAAAAGUUCUGGAACAAGAACCAGAAAUGUUACCUUGCCACGCGUCGGCAUCUCCGCUUUCUCCGCAGCCUUCUUCGCUAGGCACGCCCCGUCUUGGCCCCUCAAUUAAGGUGUGGGACCCUUACAAUGUUCUGGCCCCACCGCCUCCUCCUCCUCCUCCGGUUUUUUCGCGGAGUUUUUCAUCUUCGUCUAGAGACGGGAUUGCUGCUGAUGAAGAUCGGGCGGUUACGGUUACGGAGGUGUUUUUAAUUAGUCAUGGAGAGUGUGAACUUAAUCUGAGACCUGAUUUGAUAGGUGGAAGGUGCCACGUGGCGGCUUUAACUACGAAUGGGAAACGCCAAGCUAGGGCUUUAGCUGUGUUUUUGAACUCUCAUGGAGUUAGGUUUAAUGCUGUUUACUGUUCGCCUUUGGAUCGUGCUAGAUCAAUGGCGGUUUCUGUUUGUCAGGCAAUGAAUUUCGCAGAGGGACAAAUACAAUCAUCAGAUGCACUAGUAGAGAUGAGUUUGGGGCAUUGGGAAGGGUGCCCGGGUUCAGAAAUUUAUACACCUGAAGUGCUAAGCUUGAUUGAAAAUUUUCAGCCUGAUUUUUGUGCACCAUCUGGAGAAUCACUUAGGCAGGUGGAAUUUAGGAUGGUUCAGUUCCUAAAUGGGACAGUCCUCAGACUGCCUGCUAAAUUGAGAUCAGAUUUCUCAUUGCAUCAUCAAAAUGAGAGCCAGGUAUUUUCUCAUGAUCGAGAUCCACCUGGUUUACUGCCACAGCAUUGGGAUAUGCAUCAUAGGCAUCGACCUGUGUUUUCAAGGAAGAAAUCUGGUAAAAGCAGGCUACAAUUUGUGAGUACCACCGGCAAUCAUGAUGGUGAGGAUGAGAUCUCUCCCAGGGAAGACAACCACCAAAAUCCACUCCAUAACUUAAACAUCAGGAGCUCAUCUUCCUCCAUCUCUUCUUGUAUUGGUGUUUUCACUCAUUCAAUUCCUAUUAAGUGCGUCCUCACAGGCCUCUUGGGCUGCAGUCCAGUAAUGUCGCAUAAAAUUUGCAUAGAAGAUUCUUCAGUAACAGUAUUACAGCAUUCUUGGAAAACAGGUUGGCAGAUAAAACGCUUGAAUGAUACUGCACAUCUUAGACUUCUCUAAUUGCAAAGUUAUAAUUCCUCGACUUGAGUUCAUGAUUUCUUGCAAAUGAUGGUACUUUCAAAUCCUGUUGUAUUGUUUUUGACAUAUAUUUACCACCCCCUUCAAAGAAAAAAAAAAUGAUUGGUUUGGGAGUUGAUUUGUAGGAUUACAAGUGUUAUUGUAGAGUGAAAGAAAAUGCUUCUUUUUUAUUUUUCCUGUAUUAGGAAGACAAUAAGUUAUUAUAGGAUGAAGAAAUGUUAAAUUGUACUUUCUUUUUUGCUGAUUAAUACAAUUUUAUUCGAUUUCUGUCUGAA